CACUUGAAAGUUGGAAGCAAGGCGAGCCGACAGGAAGCUAGCUUGUUUUGUGUUGCGAACGGGUUCCCAGUCAGCUGUUGGUUGGUUGGGGUAUGGCUUCAACGGACGUCAGAGGCAUUUUGACAGCUUUCAAUCCUUCUCUCGACUUCUUCGCUAUCACCGCCGGAGACGGUCGCGUCAAGAUAUGGGACACACUGAAGGGUCAGGUCCACACCGAGUUCGCUGAUAUCACCUCAACUCAUUCAACUGCUACUACCUUACAUCAUAAAUCAUCCAUUAACGGCCAUCUUGCGCUAGAUUAUACUUGCAUCAAGUGGUUCUCCUUCGAAAAAAAGAGGAAAAGGAAGCAUAUAUCCUCCUUGUUAGUGCUUGGAACUGGUGGCGGUGAUGUUUUAGCACUUGAUGUCGCUUCUGCUCAAUUGACUUGGAGACUUACUGACUGUCAUCCUGGAGGUGUGAGAGCCAUUGCAUCUUCAGCAAAUGUGUCAAGCAUUUAUACUGCUGGUGUAGAUGGGAUGGUAUGUGUGAUAGAUUUCAUGACAGGAAACCUGUUGGAGAAAUUUAAAGCUUCUACAAAGCCAGUAUCCUGCAUGUCUGUUUCUCCAGAUGGGAACACAUUAGCUACUGCAGCAGCACAAUUGAAGAUUUUUAACUGUUCUAAUCACAAAAAGAUUCAAAAGUUCUCUGGUCAUCCUGGAUCUGUUCGAUGCAUGCUUUUCACUGAAGAUGGGAAGUAUGUCCUCUCGUCUGCUGUUGGAGAAAGAUAUGUUGCUGUUUGGAGGAUAGAUGGUGCUAAAAAGCAGUCAGCUAGUUGUGUUCUUGCGAUGGAGCACCCUGCUGUCUUUCUUGAUAGCAGGUGCAUUGAUAGUGGGGAACAUGAUGAGGCUGGCAUAUGUGUUUUGGCAAUCUCAGAAAUUGGCAUUUGUUAUUUAUGGUUUGGUAAUAGUAUCGAAGAACUGCGUAAUGCAAAACCCACAAAAAUAUCCUUAUCUUUAGAAGACAUGCCCUCCAGAAAUUACAAGGGAGCUCUGCCAGCAAUAUAUGCUGCAAAAUUACAAGGCAUCCAGAAGCCAGCCUCUGGGCAAGUUUUUCUUGUUUAUGGGUUGCUUGUAAAACCAUCAUUUAGAAAAAUUCUAGUGCAUUCUGGUGCGGACAUAAAAUUGAAUGUCUCUCAUGAUGGUGUUCUUCUUCCAAUGAGUCAAUCUCUUGUUAAAUAUAAGAAGGGGACAAAUGCUCAAACAGCUACUGCACUAGACCGAGCUAAUGCUGAGGAUGCCUUGCUUCCAAUUCCUAAGGUUUUUGAUUCUCAUGAGAAAGAGAAAGCAUUUCAAAACUCUCUGGACAAGGAUGUAAUUGAUGAUUUCCAUAGAAGUAGUAAAGAUGAUUCUGUUGAGAUAGAAGAUGAUAUGGCACAAAGUGAGAUUGAUGUAAUUUGCAUGGAGGACCGGAUGAGAUCUCUAGGGAUGAUUUCCAGUGAAAGUGACUAUGCAUCAAACAUUGAACUUUGCUGUAAGUUGUUGAAGGGUAUUGAUCUGGAAGCUACUAUUCCAGUGAAAAAGAUAAGAGCAGCUGUUUUGUCUAUGAAGUCAACCAAAGCAUGGAAGCUACUGGAAGUGUUACUGGCUGCAUGGAAAUCAAGGUCAUCUAGUGGAAAGUAUAUUCUUCCAUGGAUAUACAGCAUAUUAGUGAAUCAUGAUCUCAAUCACAUUCCUCGGCAAUAUGUGACAUGUACACUCAAUUCCUUAGACAAGAUUACCAAUUUUAGAGGGGCAACUCAUCAGCCUUUGUUACAAUUAUCAGGUCGUCUGCAACUCCUGACAUCACAGAUUGAGAAGGCUUCUCAGACUAUAAGCCAUCCGGUGCAUGAACUCCAAAUGCAAGAAAGUGAAGAUGAAGAUGAGGAUGAGGUUGAAGAUGAAUAUUAUCACGAGGAAGAUGAUGGUUCUGAAAUGAGUACUGAUGAUGAAAGCUAGUCUGAUUUUUUCGAGAGAUUGGGUUCCAAGUUGUCUCUUUUGCGGCUGACGAAGAUAGAGGAAUGGAAGCUGUAUUUCAUCCAGCCUCUUGUUCACAAUUUUGUUGCUAUAUAGAUAGAUACAUCCUCAGAAAGAAACUUUGGUACUAUCCAGAUUUGUUAAAAAUGACACGGCCCCUAAUUUAUGUAAUUUGAGAAUUUUAUUAAGUAAAAAUACAUAAAUAUAGUUCGGGCAUAUUUACUAUAUGUUUGAAUACAUGCUCAAAAUACUACGAUAAAGAUUUUGUAUUUUCCAGAUCUACAACAGCUUUGAUUUCGUGAUAGCAGUUUUGCAUACCCCAAAUUGGCCC